GGAGAAAGAGAAAUCGAGAGAAAGAGUGAGGAGAGAAUUACAGAGCAUUUUCCAACACGAUUACACGACCGAAUCAAACCCUCUCUUUCUCUCCGAAGCUGCGUUUAAUAUCUUACUCGCCUUAGAUUGUUCUUCUCUUUCAUUAUACUGUUCUCUUUUCGAUUUGAGGGAACAGUACAAGAGUGUGAGGAUCGGUUAACCCAACUGCACAGGUAGUCACUAAAAUAAUGGAGUCUCACGAUGAGACUGGAUGCCAGGCUCCUGAACGCCCCAUUCUUUGCAUUAAUAAUUGUGGCUUCUUUGGAAGAGCAGCUACCAUGAACAUGUGUUCCAAGUGUUACAAGGACAUGCUGUUGAAGCAGGAGCAGGACAAUUUUGCAGCAUCGUCGGUUGAAAACAUUGUGAAUGGCAGUUCCAAUGGCAAUGGGGCUGUGACUACUGGUGCUGUUGAUGUACAAGUUGAAGCUGUGGAGGUCAAGACUGUCUCUGCUCAGAGUUCUGUAGAUUCAUCCUCCGGUGAGAGUUUGGAGAUGAAAGCCAAGAACAGUCCCAGUAGAUGCGCUACAUGCCGGAAACGUGUUGGGUUAACUGGUUUCAGCUGCAAAUGUGGCAACCUCUUCUGUGCAAUGCAUCGCUAUUCUGAUAAACAUGAAUGCCCUUUUGAUUAUAGGACUGUUGGUCAGGAUGCCAUAGCUAAAGCCAACCCGAUAGUUAAGGCAGAUAAGCUUGACAAAAUCUAGGGAUGCACUAGAAUGAAGGUUGAUGUAUGAACCUUGAAGCUUCAUCUUCUAUAUGUAAGUUUCAUAUAUGUUGUCUUCCUGGGUUUUUAGGUGUCCUUUAGUGAUUAAAAUGAUCCAUGUCAAGAUGGCAAGGGCAUCAUUAGGGAAAACAUUUAUUGUUUGCUGGGAGAUCCACUAUUAGCUCCAGUGUGUUUGUGCUGGUUUGAUGAACACUUUGGCUCAUUUUGUAAUUUGAUUGCCUGCUUGGUCUGCAUUUUUUUUCCUUCCUCAUUGCAUUAAUAGUAUUUCCUGCUAGUCUUGUAUU